AUGAAGGAGAAACCUGUUCCUCUGGGCGGGGGCAAGCCAUUUCGGAAAUUACAAGGACAAGUCUAUAUCAUUGAAGGUGACGAGUUCGUCACUCCCGACGACCCCAAAGGCGACGAGAAGAUUGAUAAAUGGGGGAAUCUCCUGGGAGGACGGAAAUUCAAGGCAAAUACAUUUAUUCUUCCCAGUCGUCAUGAUAAACGACUGUACAUGCUCGCUAUCGACGCGGCGCGGACCUCAGGCUUCCGGGACUCGCUGUACUAUUUUCGUCGAAAUCCUCUUGCGUUCAAACUCAACGCGACACAACCAGAAAAGGACUAUCUCAUUGGGGAAGGCAAACUGGGUUCACACCUCCGCACAAGGAGUGUUACCCUCAUCACUGCACGUAGUGCGUUCAAACUACAUGGAAGCAAAAUGGUACUCGAUGGAAGAUGGGUAACAGACGAUUAUUACGAAGAGAAGAUCCUUCAAGAGAUAGCCGAACGAGGAAUUAAACCAGGAGACCUAGUUGGAGACCUUCCUGAUCCAAAUGUUCAAUCAACUGAGGCUGCAUCCCGACCUGACCGUGCAAAUCCCCAAGGUGGCGGCGGUGGAGGGCUAGGAAUUUACCGUGCUGGUGGGCCCACAACAAUAUUUGGCGGAAGCGGAUGGGGACCAUACAGUGACGGACCGUUAAACGCAGUCAGGAAAAGUUUACUGAGCAGAGACGGUGUGACGGAGGAGAACUGGAUGUGGAUGAUGGCGCAGCGAGUGCUUGAAGGCGAUGGGGAGUUGGCCAAGUGGAGACGGAACAGGUUGAAGCCUGGUGGUGGAGAAACGAUGAGGGAGGAGGAUGUUGAGCCUUUGAAGAAGAAGAGGAAGGUCUCGUCAGAUGAUCCUCUACCCAUGGGUGUGUACGAACCUCAUACCGGUAAUGUUUACUAUCGCUUGGAUACGCAGCCAACCCGAAGUCGAUUGGAAGUGGACCCUACUGCUGAACCCGUGCUUGGGGGAACCAAGGCUGGGAAUAUGGCCUGGGGUCUGGCUUGGGUCGAUACAAUUAUGGAACCUCGGAUGGAGGACGAGAAUGCGCAUGAAAGAGAACGAUUACUAAGAGAGGUCGAAGAACAUGAUGCUUCUACUGGUAUGGUAGUUGACUGA